AUGCAGAACUCGACGGCCCACUGGGUGGAAACAGUCACUGGACUGGGUGCAACCGGCGUAGAGUUGUUGGUGGCGUUCGUGCCCGCAACGAGCCGCCCUCAGCAGGUCAACCCGCUGGUGCCGCUCCUUCAGGUGACCUACGUCGAGAACCCCUCCGCAGAGGCGGAUGGGGUGGGCCACCGUGCCGACUUCGAUCUGUGCCUGGAGGCCGGCGCGAGCGUGGCGGAGCACGCCCAACAGCUGCUGGGCCUGAUGGCUGCCGGCGCCUCGCGUGCCUACACGCCCAAGCUCUUCCUGCAGGGCAACGUGGACUUUCAACUCACUCGUGGUGAUCUGGGAGUGUCCCUCUGA